AGAUGGAUGCCGAAAUUGCCAGAUUAAACAAAUUAGCUGAAGAAAGAGUUCGUACCGGUGGUAAAGGUUCAAUGAGAAGAAAACAACAAGUUGUCCACAAAAGCUCAACCUCUGUUGAUGACAAAAAGAUCCUCCAAAAAUUAAACUUCAAAACCAGACCAAUUGAACAAAUUGAAGAAGCUAACCUCUUCAAAAACGACGGUAACAUCAUCCACUUCAAAAACCCAAGAGUUAAUGCUGCUCCAAACACCUUCAUUAUCUCUGGUCACAACGAAGUUAAACCAAUGGCCUCAAUCCCACACGUUAUCACCCAAUUAGGUGCUGAAAACUUAAACCAAAUCAGAAAGAUGGCUGAAGCCUUCAAAGCUGCCGACAAAGACAUCACUGCUGAUGAUAUCCCAGAAUUAGUUGAAAACUUUGAUUCAAAACAAUAAAUAAAUCAAAAAUGAAUUAUAAAUAAUAUUUAAAAU